UGGGCCCGCGCGGCCACGGCCGCAACGACGCGUCGCCGGCGGCGCUCAUUCGAGCCCGAGCCCUCCGCGACGGCAACGCCAGGUCGUCGCUCUCGACUGCUCCACCGGCUCCUCCACAGGCUCUCGCCGUCGGCCCCGGCGCGCUGCGACGGCGCGCCGCCGGCUCCCACCGCGGCGUCCGAGCUGGAGGGAAAGGUGACGCACCUGAUGGAGCUGCUCAAGGCGCAUCAGUCGCGGGACGCGGAGGCGUCGCGGCUGCAGCAAGCGCUGCAGUGCCAGGAGGAGGCGGACGCCGCCAAGCUCGUCGAGCUGAUGCGACGGCAGGAGGCGGCGAGCGCGGCGGCGGUCGAGGAGGCCAAGGCUGCGAUCGAGGCGCAGCUGGUCGAGCGAUUCCGCGAGGAGCAGGCGGCGGCGGCGGAGGCGCACUCAGCGCAGCUGCAGCAGCUGAGCGCGGAGCACUCGACGCAGCUGCAGCAGGCAGCGGCCCUCCUGGAGGCGCAGGCGCGCGAGAAGUUUGAGACGGCGGUCGCGCACGAGAGGGCGUAUCUCUCCGCCCUCAAGCAGCUCGAGCUCGACGUCGACGUGCUCACACGCGUCCUGGCGCCUACUGUAUACUUGAUGCAGAGCUUUCCGACGUCAUUGUGUUUGCCGCUCCGCGCUCGACGCCUGCCGCCGCGCGCGCCCGCGCGCCACCCCUUUUGCGCAGCAACACCUUAAAUUUCAUGGCCCUCCAAA